AAUCAUAAUAAUUAUAUGAAAUCCAUAUAAAAUUAAUGCAUUUUAUAUCAGAUCCAUUUGAUGUAAAGAUGAAGAUGUAAUUGAAAUCAAUUGGUUCUUAUCGAUUCGACGUAAUUAAUUAAUAAAAAAAUUAAAAAAAAAAAGUAUAUACAUACACAUAUAUUGACUACAUUGCAAUAAUUACAAUUUUUUUUGUUCAGCGACAGUUAAAUUUGUCUUUAAAUGAUUAGAUUAAUUGAUAUUGUUGCUUUUGUCUGCAUUAUUAUCAAUAUUAUUUUUUAAUAUAUAAAGAAAUGAUUAAUCCAUUCGUGAUAUAUAAAUCUGAUUGAUUGACGACAGUAUAUUUAUUAUUUAGUAUUUAAAAAUGCCACGAAAACUUGUGUUUGCUAUUAGACCCACUAUUAAUCAUUCUCCUUUAAACGAAUAUAAAAUAUUUCGUCCUGGAUUUCGAGAAUUUACCAAAACACCUUUACUACCCGGAAAAUUAUUUAAAAAAAUAAAAGAAAAUGUUGCGGGUAAUAAUGAUUGUAUGGAUUUAAAAUUAGAACAAUCUCCGAUAAGUACUCAGCACAUGGAAUCAGAUCAAUUACAAACAAGUAUUAUAAAAAUUGGAAAUCUUUCACCGACACAGACUGUAUAUGCUAAUUAUGAAGUGACGGAGCACAAAAUAAUUAAAUUCAAAUUAUAAACUUAUUGUAUAUUUAUUUUUUAAUUAAUAUUUAUUUUUAAUUUAGUUAUCAUCAAUAUAAUAUACUCUAAAUUUUUUCAAUAAUUUUAAUAGUGUAAUAAUAUAUUAUUAAUCUUAUGAGCCAGUGUAAUUUAUCAUAAUGAUAAUUUAUACUUCAUUUUUUUUUAGCUUAUCAUGAAUACUAAAUAAAUUUUAAAGUCAUUUAUAAUUUUUUUAUACUGAUUCCAAAUCAUAUGAAUUUAAAGAAAAAAAAAAAAAUUACUUAGUCGUAUGAAUGUUGAUGCGGUAGUAUUUUGUUUCGAUAACAUUUGUGUUGUGACUAUAAAAGUUUUUGACGGUUACCUUGGAGAGGAAAAAAAACAAUUAAACAUUAUUUUAGUGCAGAUCAUUAAACUCAUAUUAAUAUCCUUGAUAUUUGACCUCAUCAAUCAACAUCUUCAAUAAAAUUUUUUGAUUUGUAUUGAAACUUUUGACAAUAUAAAAAUAAUUCGAUUAAAUAAAAUAUAAAAAAACUGCUGAUUUAAAAAAAAAAAUGCGUGAGAUUGUUCAUCUUCAAGCGGGUCAAUGUGGCAAUCAAAUUGGUGCUAAAUUUUGGGAAGUCAUAUCAGACGAACAUGGAAUUGAUCCAACUGGAACCUAUCACGGAAACUCAGAUCUCCAGUUGGAACGUAUAAAUGUUUACUAUAAUGAAGCGACGGGUGGAAAAUAUGUCCCACGCGCUAUUCUAGUUGAUUUGGAACCUGGAACAAUGGAUGCCGUUCGUUCAGGACCUUUUGGUCAAAUAUUUCGUCCUGACAAUUUUGUAUUUGGUCAAAGUGGCGCUGGAAAUAAUUGGGCUAAAGGUCAUUACACCGAGGGCGCCGAAUUGGUCGAUUCUGUUUUGGACGUUGUUCGAAAAGAAGCCGAAAGUUGUGACUGUCUGCAGGGUUUCCAACUUACUCAUUCUCUUGGAGGUGGCACGGGUGCAGGAAUGGGUACUCUUUUAAUUUCAAAAAUACGUGAAGAAUAUCCAGAUCGUAUUAUGAUGACUUUCAGUGUCGUUCCUUCACCAAAAGUAUCUGACACAGUAGUGGAGCCCUAUAAUUGCACCCUAUCAGUUCAUCAGUUGGUAGAAAAUACAGAUGAGUCGUAUUGCAUUGAUAAUGAAGCUCUAUAUGACAUUUGUUUUCGAACUUUAAAACUAACCACCCCAACAUACGGUGAUUUGAAUCAUUUAGUAAGUGCAACAUUAAGUGGAGUCACGACUUGUCUAAGAUUUCCCGGUCAAUUGAAUGCAGAUUUAAGAAAACUUGCUGUAAACAUGGUACCAUUUCCACGUCUUCAUUUUUUUAUUCCUGGGUUUGCACCAUUGACAUCCAGAGGAUCACAACAAUACCGUGCACUAACUGUUCCUGAAUUAACCCAACAAAUGUUUGAUGCUAAAAAUAUGAUGGCUGCUUGUGAUCCGCGUCAUGGAAAGUAUCUUACUGUUGCUGCUGUUUUUCGUGGGCGAAUGUCUAUGAAAGAAGUUGAUGAACAAAUGCUUAAUAUACAAAAUAAAAAUAGUACAUAUUUUGUUGAAUGGAUUCCAAGUAAUGUGAAAACAGCAGUAUGUGAUAUUCCACCAAGAGGUUUAAAGAUGUCAGCAACGUUUAUUGGAAAUUCAACAGCUAUUCAGGAACUUUUCAAACGUGUGUCUGAACAAUUCACUGCAAUGUUUAGGCGUAAAGCAUUUCUUCAUUGGUAUACUGGUGAAGGGAUGGAUGAAAUGGAAUUUACUGAGGCUGAAUCUAAUAUGAAUGACUUGGUUUCUGAGUAUCAGCAAUAUGAAACAGCAACAGCUGACGACGAAGGCGAUUUUGAUGAGGAUGAAGAAGGCGAAGGAGAUGCAUAAAUAAUCGUUUUUUCUCUGUUCAUUUUUUUUUUUUUUCAUGACUUUUCUUGACUCUUCAAGAAGAUUAAAAAUUACUUCUCAUUCUUUCAAGUCGACAUAACUCUGACUAUUAUUACACUUGUUACCAUUAUUUAAUAAUUACGCAAUUACGCGCUUUGUUUAACGUUAAAAUUAAAUUUUUUUUUUUUUUUUUUUUGAUGAGCAAUUAAUUUUGAUUGUACACAAACCGUCCAACAUUGACCACUAGUUAAUAAGUAUUUGAACGUGACUCUGCGUAGCUUAUUAAUUAUUCUAAAAUUACAUUAUUUACAUUUUGAUUAAUAAUACUAUUAAUUCAAUCGAUUUCAACACCGGAAAAAAUUAUUUAAUUUGAUUAAAUUUAACAUGUAUUUUAUCUAAUAAUUAAAAAUACUUUGGUUUAUAAAAAUGACAUUUAAUAAAUAUUGAUUUUUAUCAUAUCAAUAUAAAAGUUAUGACUCAAGAUUGUUAAAUCUUCAAUAAACUAUUAACCUAUCUCACAAUCUUAAUUAUAAUUUUCAUUUAAUUUAUUAUUUUUUUUUUAAUUUCUAGUGUUUAAUGUAAUAAUAUGUUUUAUAAUCAUGCAAGAAGAGAAAUCCUGUUGUCCUUACUCCACAAACAAUUCACAUAAUUCCAAGAUGAUAGGUAACUAUAAUGUAAUUACAACCUUUGUCCUAAAGUUAAAAAAUUUUAUUUAUCUAGCGAAUGUAAAAAAAAAAAAAAUAAAUACUCUAGUUUAAAACUAA